ACGGAGGAUGCGAGAGGCAAAGACACUAUGCCGAAAGCCCCAUUCUCACUCGACAAGGCUCAAAAUAAAGUGUUAUGCGAGUGGGUAAGGAAAUUGAAAUUUCCCGAUGGUUAUGCUUCUAAUUUGAGUAGAUGUGUAGAUUUAAAAUCAUGUAAGCUUCAUGGUUUAAAGAGCCACGACUGUCAUGUCUUCAUGGAGAGAUUUUUGCCAGUUGCUUUGAAGGAAUUGCUCCCAGUCCAUGUUUGGAAAGCUAUUACUGAGAUUAGUCUUUUCUUCCGUGAUCUUUGUUGUUCCACCAUCAAAUUGAGUGAUAUGGAAAGAUUGGAACAAAACAUUGCAGAAAUUCUUUGUAAGCUCGAGAAGAUAUUUCCACCAGCAUUCUUCAACUCUAUGGAACACUUACCAGUUCACUUGCCUUAUGAAGCUAGGUUAUGUGGUCCUGUCCAAUAUCGUUGGAUGUAUCCGUUUGAAAGGUUCCUUAAUCAUUUGAAAUGUAAAAUUGGCAAUAAGGCUCGUGUGGAAGGUUCAAUAUGCAAUUCUUAUCUAACGGAAGAGAUAGGGUACUUUUGCUCUAACUACUUCCAACAAGGAGUGGAUACCAAAACAUGGGACUUAGGUCGUAAUGUUCAUGAUGAUGUUAAAAGCACUUUGGAUGAUAGUGUUCUAGAACUGUUUAGGGUUGAUCAUGGACAUGCUUCUACUGGUGGAGUUCGUCGCUAUUUGGAUGAAAAAGAACUGCAACGUGCUCAUUUAUAUGUUUUGGGAAAUAGCGGUAUUCUGGAACCAUAUGAGAGGGGGUUUGAGGACCACAUUGUUCAAUUGCAACCCACUAUUCGCAAAGAAGAUGUGUGGAUUAAACAUGAAGCUGAAUUCCUCGAGUGGUUUAGGUUGAAAGUGAUUCAAGAAAAGCCAAAUGAUGAAAUAUUGUUUGCUUUGGCUAUGGGCCCAUCUAAGCGAGUGCGUACUUGGAGACAAUUCAUGUGAAUGGAUACAAAUUCCAAACUUAUGGCCAUGGAAAACAUAAGUCAAUAAUGAACUAUGGAGUAAGCGUAUCGAAUGAAGAUGGUGGUGAUUAUUUUUGUAUUCUAGAGGAUAUCAUCGAGUUGGAGUUCAUUGGUGCCCUACGGACUUAUAAGACUGUUCUUUUCAAGUGCAGUUGGAUGGAUUCCACUAGGGGUAUGAACAUUGAUCCAUACAAGCUUGCAGAAGUGAAUCAUACCAAAAAAUAUCCCAAGUACGAUCCAUUUGUGCUUUCUUACCAAGCAAACCAAGUCUACUAUGCACCUUACCCAAGUCUGAAAAGAGACAAGGCUCAAUGAUGGGCAGUGUUCAGGACAAAGGCGAGGUCUGUUGUUGAUGCACCAGUUGACGAAGACUUUCUAUAAGAAACCAGUGCUGACAUUCCAACUCUUUGUGCUCCGGAUGACAUUCUGGACUAUGAAGGUGAUGAAGAUGGUUUUGGAGAUUCAGAUACUGAAAAUGAAGUGUUGCCCGAUGCCCCUCCAGACGAGUCCAGUUUCAAAUCUACUGAUAGUGAGGACGAGGAUGAGGAUGACGGAUUUUGGGAUGACGAUACCGAUGAUGAUCUUAGCGCUGAUGGGGAGGAUGAUUCAACUGAGUUUUAGGAUAUUGAUUGUAACCUUGUUUUGACUUUUUAAUUAUGUAAUCUUAAUGGAUGUCAAUUUAUUUUAAAAGACCAUCCUAGUUUCAAUGUGAUAUACUUGUGUAAAUAUGUUA